GCAAGAUUCAAAGGAGGGAUAAAUUUAGAGGAACGAAGGGAAAAUUCAAGCGUAAAGAGCUCUACAGCACGCAAAAGAGAACAUGGAUGUUAAUAGACGAAGAGAUCGCAUCUCUAUCCGCGCAAUACACAGAUAUUGACUCAGCCAAAAUAUCAACAUUUGCUGAUUUUCCUUUGUCUAAGAAGACUCUAGAAGGGCUAAAACUGAAUAACUAUGAGAAACCUACUGAGAUCCAAAGAGAGACUGUAGGACUUGCCCUUCAGGGAAAAGACAUCUUAGGAGCUGCAAAAACAGGCUCUGGGAAGACUUUGGCAUUUCUGAUACCAAUUUUGGAACUACUGUACCAAAACAAAUGGUCACCCUUGGAUGGUUUGGGAGCACUGAUUAUCUCCCCUACCAGAGAGCUGGCUUACCAGACCUUUGAGGUGUUGAGAAAGAUUGGGAAGAAACAUGACUUCUCCGCUGGACUUGUUAUUGGUGGCAAGCAUUUGAGGGAAGAAUCUGAGAGAAUAAGUCGUACUAACAUUGUAGUAUGCACACCAGGGAGACUUCUACAACACAUGGAUGAAACUGUAGGAUUCACAGCACAUUCCCUCAAAAUACUGGUGUUAGAUGAGGCUGACCGUAUCUUGGACCUUGGCUUUGCUCAGACCAUGAAUGCUGUGGUAGAGAAUCUGCCCCCAGAGAGACAAACCCUUCUCUUCUCUGCCACACAAACCAAGUCAGUAAAGGAUCUGGCUCGACUCAGUCUACACCAGCCCAUGUUUGUGUCUGUACAUGAAUUGUCUGAAUACAGUACACCUGCACAGUUAGAACAGAGUUACAUCGUUUGUGAACUUCAUGAAAAGUUAAACAUUUUGUGGUCUUUUGUGAAGAACCACAUGAAGUCCAAAAUCCUGGUUUUCUUCCAGAGUUGUAAACAGGUAAAGUUUGUGUAUGAGGUGUUUAAGAAGCUGAGGACUGGCUUGACGACUCUCUGUCUUCAUGGCGGCAUGCAUCAGCUGAAGAGGGUGGCCAUGUACGACCAGUUCUGCAGGAAGAAACAUGCCGUGCUGUUUGCUACAGAUAUUGCUGCUAGAGGCCUCGACUUCCCUGCGGUGAACUGGGUGAUUCAGCUGGACUGCCCAGAAGAUGCCAAUACCUACAUCCACAGAGCUGGUAGAACAGCCAGGUAUGAGAAAGAUGGUGAGUCGUUGCUCAUACUGCUGCCCUCUGAGGAAGAAGAGAUGAUCAGGCAGUUGGAGAGCAAGAAAAUACCCAUUCAGAAAAUGAAGCCUAACCCUAAACGGAUCUGGAGUGUACAGAACAGACUUGAGUCUCUGUGUGCCUCGGAUGUGCCCCUGAAGGACAGCGCUCAGCGGGCCUUUGUUUCAUAUUUGCGAUCAGUCUUUCUGAUGCACAACAAAAAAGUUUUUGAUGUCCACAAGCUAGAUACAGAGGCAUUUUCAAGAUCUCUUGGACUGGCAAUCCCUCCAAGAGUGCGAUUCCUUCAGCGUGAUCAGAAGCGCCUGGAACUGAAGAAGGCAGAGGCAGAAAAGGAGAAAUCUGGUGGUGCAGGAGAGGACAGUGGUGAUGUACUGCUGGCAAAAAUAAAGACCAAACUUGUUGAAUCAGAAUCAAAUGAUGAGUCUGACGACGAAAGUGAGGUGAAGAAGACUCCGAAAAGACGUGUUCGUGACAUUGAUUAUACAAGGACUAAGAAAUCAGAAUCAGAAUCUGAUGCUAGCUCUGAAGACUUAGAAUCUGAUGCUAGCUCUGAAAGUUCACAAUCUGAUGAUUCUGAACAAAGCGAAACAAAAAGGACUAAAAAUACUGUUGCAAAGUUGAAGCCAAAGAAAACGGAUGAUGUUAGUUUAAAUUUUUAUGUGGAUGAUAAUGAAGAUUUUCUGCAAGUGAAAAAUACUUCCCUGCCUGAAUCAGAUGAUGAUGAUGAGGAUGGUGAAGGUGAAGAGAAGCUGAGUAAGAAGAAAGCAAAUUUGAAACCCCUGACCAAAGCUGCUGCUGCCAAGAAAAUACUGAAAAAGAAACUGAAAGUCAAUUCAAAGAUUGUAUUUGAUGAUGAAGGGGAAGCAGUCCAAGAUGUCCUUAAGAGUGGUCUAGUGUCCAAAGAGAUAAAGGAGAUGGAAGAGGAGGUGGUGACAGAGGGAGGCAUUAAUAUUGAGGCAGCUAAGAAACUGAUGAAACUCCAGGAUCAAGUGGACAAGAAAAUCUUCAGAGAGAGGGUCAAGAAGAUGCACAGGGAAAAGCGCCUAAAGCAGAAGGAGCUGAGGAGGGAGAAGGAAGCUCAGAAGAAAGGCAUGCAAGUUGUUCUGGGUGGACAAGACAGCGAUGAAGGCGAAGAGGAGGGAGAAGGGGAGGUAUGUCUUAAUCAGAAGCAGGAUGAUGACUCAGAUGGAUCUUUCAAUUCUGAGGAUUAUGAUGACUAUGGUGGUGAGGACAGAAACGUGGAGGUUUCAGGGGAAGUAGAGAGCCCAGAGGAGAAUGAGCAGAGUGAUGAUGAAGAAGAUGAAGACAGUGAUCGAGAUGAUGAGAGUGGAGAUGAUGAAAGCAAUGAUGAUGAUGAAAGUGGAAGUGAUGGAAGUGAUGAAGAUGAAAGGCCACAGCAAAAGAAAAGAAGGCUUGAGGCUCCAUCGGGGAAUAAAUCUAAGAAGGCUUGGCAGAAGCUAGAUAAAUCUGGACUGUCAUUAGGCGAUGAAGAAGCUUUGGCUCUGAAACUGUUACAGUCAUGACAAGAGAUGACCGAUAUCAAUGAAAAUGUUUGUCACAUAUUUAACUGAUAUCAUUGAAACUGUUACAGUAGUAACAGGACACAACUGAUAUCACUGAAAAUGUUUCAGCGAUGACAACAGACAAUUGAUAUCAGCAAAUCUGUUACACUCAUGACAGCAAGCCACAGAAAUGAAGUCAUGCACUUUUGUCAUAAGAACCAGUCUUUCAAUGUGAAACUGUCCCAGACAUCACCAGAAGACAACUGAUAUCAGUGAAAGGAUCCUUAUCAAACUGCAUGAGAUAUUUCAGUAUUGU